UCUGGUGACGCUCGCCUCUCGGCGGCGAACCUUGAUGAUGUCAUCGAGGGCCCGCCCACCCGCCGAAGACACGUUUCCGAGCAGCACCGGAGCAUGAGGAGCUUAUUGAAACAAUUUGGAUUCUCAAGAAGACUUCUCAAAGUGGAAAGCUGUAGAAUAACUGAGUCAGAAUCACUGAUUCUACUACCUUGGGCAUCGCUGAUACAGAAGCUUAGCAACGCACCUGUCAUUUUCUUGCUGGAUCAAAGAAAAAGAUUCUCAACCAUGCCUGAAAUAGAAACAAAUCACAGAGACUCUGAAUUGUUUUCCCCACCUUCUGAUGUUCGAGGAAUGACAGAACUUGAUAGAACAGCUUUUAAAAAGAUAGUCACCAUCCCAGUGCUUAAAGUGAGGAAAGAAAUAGUCAAUAAACUGAUGCGAUCCCUUAAAAGGGCAGCACUGCAGCGCCCAGGCAUAAAACGUGUGAUUGAAGAUCCAGAAGAUGAAGAAGGUAGACUAAUUAUGUUGGAUCCCUAUAAAAUGUUUACCGUUGAUUCCUUUGAGAAAGAAGAACUCAGUAUUUUAAAGCAGCUGAAUGUCAAUCCACGGAUAUCGAAAUAUAACCUGGAACUAACUUAUGAAAACUUUAAGUCAGAAGAAAUCUUGAGAGCUGUGCUUCCUGAAGGUCAAGAUGUGACCUCAGGGUUUAGCAGAGUUGGACACAUUGCUCACCUGAACCUUCGAGAUCAUCAACUACCUUACAAGCAUUUAAUUGGCCAAGUUAUGAUUGACAAAAAUCCAGGAAUCACCUCAGCAGUAAAUAAAAUCAAUAAUAUUGAUAAUACCUACCGAAAUUUCCAAAUGGAAGUACUGUCUGGAGAGGAGAAUAUGAUGACCAAGGUUCGAGAAAACAAUUACACCUAUGAAUUUGAUUUUUCAAAAGUCUAUUGGAAUCCUCGUCUCUCCACAGAACACAGCCGCAUCACAGAACUUCUCAAACCUGGGGAUGUCCUAUUUGAUGUUUUUGCUGGGGUUGGGCCCUUUGCCAUUCCAGCAGCGAAGAAAAACUGCACUGUGUUUGCUAAUGAUCUCAAUCCUGAAUCCCAUAAAUGGCUACUGCACAACUGUAAAUUAAAUAAAGUGGACCAAAAAGUAAAAGUCUUUAACUUGGAUGGGAAAGACUUCCUGCAAGGACCAGUCAGAGAAGAGUUAAUGCAGCAGCUGGGACCACUGUCAAAAGAAAGAAAACACUCUGUGCACAUUGUCAUGAAUUUGCCAGCAAAGGCUAUUGAGUUUAUCAGCGCUUUCAAAGCACUCUUAGAUGGUCAGCCAUGUGGCAGUGAACUCCUUCCCAUCGUGCACUGUUACAGCUUUUCCAAAGAUGCUAAUCCAGCUAAGGAUGUUCAGCAACGAGCUGGAACUGUGUUAGGCAUCUCCUUGGAGGCAAGUAGUUCAGUUCACCUAGUAAGAAAUGUGGCCCCUAACAAGGAAAUGUUAUGCAUCACUUUUCGGAUUCCUGCUGCUGUACUUUACAAGAAUCAGGCCGUAAAUCGAGACAAUCAUGAAGAUCCACCUCUUAAACGCCAGAGGACAGAUAAAGACCUUUAAGAAGAAAAUACACAAAUUGCUCCAGUCACUUAAUUGGAAAUAUUUUCUCCAUCUCCCCACUAGACCUUUGUGAUAGUGAACUAUCAUUUGUAUGAUUUCUAAUAUUUUAGCAUUCAGUUACUUUAGUAUUGAACUCUUUUAUUUUACCCUUGCUGGCUUCCCUGGUGGCUCAGAGGUAAAGAAUCUGCCUGCAGUGCAGGAGACCUAGGUUCGAUCCCUGCAUCUGGAAGAUCCCCUGGAGAAGGGAAUGGCAACACACUCCAGUAUUCUUGCCUGGAGAAUCCCAUGGGCAGAGGUGCCUGGCGGGCUAUAUAGUCCAUGGGGUCACAAAGAGUCAGACAUGACUGAGCAACUAACACAGUCCUAUAAAUUGGGAAUUAUCAAAUUAAAAUUUAAAUAAGCCUACUAAAUAUAUUUUGUUUUAUAAUUUUAUCAUCAUAUAUAUCUAAUCUUUUAUUAGAUAAAUAUGUUAAAAUAAGAUCUUGGGAAAGUAGUUUUUGAAAGUAUGAUAACUGCAUGCUAACUAGGAAAGCACUAAUCAUUUUACAGUUAUCCUUAGUUGAAGAGUAUAGCUAAGUUAUAUGUAAGUACUCCUAUACUAUUACUAUUAAUAUAGAAGUAUUAAUAAUAACAAAUGAGAUUAUUUAGAUCAGAGACAGGCAAACUAUAUCCAGCAGGCCAAAUCUUGUCCACCACCUGUUGUAUGGCAAGUAAGCUGAGAAUGGUUUUUACACUUUCAAAUGAUUGGGAAAAAAAAAAUUUGUGACAUGAAAAUUAUAUGAAAUUUAAAUUUCAGUGUCCAUAAAUAAAGUUUUAUUGGAACUU